UGUGUGUCUGGAUGUGGAACGAGUCAGAGCUAGGAGGAUAGAGAGAGAGAGUGAAGUAGUAUUUCACCUGGUCAGGAAACUGUCUCCAAGAGAGGUCAGAGCCGUAUCAGGAGCCAACCAGGAGUUGUGACAGGAGAGGAGAGCCAAUCAGAGGAGAGAGAUGUUGGUGCAGGGCGGGCCUUGGGUCCUGUCUGUCAUGUCGUUGCUCCUGCUGCUGUGGCAAGAAGUGUCUGCUAUCAAGGUUCCUCUUGAUCAAAAGAUCCAGCAGGAUUUGAAGCAGCCUCCCACCAUAAUGAAACAGUCAUUGAAGGACUACAUUGUUGAUCCCAGAGAUAACAUCAUCAUUGAAUGUGAGGCCAAGGGGAACCCCGUGCCAAGGUUCUCAUGGCGACGGAACGGGAAGUUCUUCAACGUGGGGAAGGAUCCACGGGUGACGAUGCGGAAGCGCUCGGGAACGCUGGAGAUUAGCUUCCGGAGCGGAGGGAGGCCAGAGGACUAUGAGGGGGAAUACCAGUGUUUUGCUUCUAACGACUUUGGAACGGCACUGACCAACAAGAUCCUACUACGAGUGUCCAAGUCCCCUUUGUGGCCUAAGGAGGUGUUGGAGCCAGUGGUAGUGGGUGAGGGUUCUUCCCUGGUCUUAGCCUGUAACCCUCCUCCAGGCCUGCCCCCUCCACACACCUUCUGGAUGAACAGCGCCAUGAUGUCUAUAACCCAAGAUAGUCGUGUGUCCAUGGGUCUGAAUGGAGAUCUGUAUUUCUCUAAUGUUCUGGCUAAAGACUCCCACACAGACUACAGCUGCAACGCCCGCUUCCUCUUCACACACACCAUCCAGCAGAAGAACCCCUUCACACUCAAAGUGCAGACCAGUCGUAAGGUAGCAGAGACCCCUCCUAACUUUCUCUCCCCCACGGGGACUGACAGCUCAAGGAUGAUGGUGCUGAGAGGACAAAAACUACAGCUGGAGUGUAUCGCUGCCGGAGUUCCCACCCCCAGUAUAAAGUGGUUUAAGAAGGGAGGAGACCUGAACCAGAAGGUGAAGCUAGACAACUUCAAUAAGACUCUGCGUAUUGACAGCGUGUCAGAGGAGGACGCAGGGGAGUACAUGUGUAUGGCCAACAAUCAGAUAGGAAGCAUCCGACACUCCAUCUACGUCCAGGUUAAAGCAUCUCCCUAUUGGCUGGACAAGCCGUUCAACCUGGUGUUAGCACCGGAUGAGAACAGUCGUCUGGUGUGUCGGGCCAAUGGGAACCCCAAACCACUCAUCCAGUGGCUGGUCAACGGAGAGCCUAUGGAGAGCGAUAGCUCCCUGCCCAACCUCAGCAGAUCGGUGGUAGGUGACACCAUCAUCUUUCGCUCUGUUCAGAUCGGCAGCAGCGCUGUGUACCAAUGUAACGCCUCCAAUCACCAUGGUUACCUGCUGGCCAACGCUUUCGUCAGCAUACUGGACAUGGCUCCCAGGAUGCUUGGUGCUAAGAACCAGCUAAUAAAGGUGAUAGAGAACAACAGAACCUUCCUGGACUGUCCCUUCUUUGGCUCGCCACUUCCUGAGCUACGUUGGUUUAAGAAUGGUCAGGGCAGUGGUCUGGACGGGGGUCAAUACCGGGUCUACAUCAACGGGAGCCUAGAGAUCAAGCGUGCGCGGGUUGAGGACCAGGGUACAUACACCUGUGUGGCCAGAAACAUCCUGGGCAAGGAGGAGAACCAGGUCCGACUGGAGGUCAAAGAGCCGACCCGUAUCGUCAGGGCUCCAGAGCACCAGUCAGCAAUUAGAGGCACCAUGGCUCGUUUUGACUGCCGGGUCAAAUCAGACCUCACCCUGCCCAUCACUGUUACCUGGUUGAAGGAUGACAAGCCCCUCUCUCUGGGAUGGAGGUUAAAGAAGGAUGAGGAUUCCCUGUCCAUCCCUGAUGUCAACGAGCAGGAUGAGGGAACAUACACCUGUACUGUUAAAUCAGAGAUCGACCAAGACACUGCCUCAGCACGCCUUACUGUGUUAGAGGACGCCUCCCUGUAUCCCUCACAGUCUAGUGCCUUGCCUGCAGACUAUCCUGACCCUCCCAUGGACCUGGAGGUGUCUGACCCUGAAGCACGCAGCAUACGACUGACCUGGAUACCUGGAGAUGACCACAACAGCCCUGUCACACAGUUCCUGGUGCAGUUUGAGGAGGACCGUUGGGAACCUGGCCAGUGGCAGAACCUGUCUAGUUACCCCGGAGACCUCAACUCUGUCAUCCUGCAGCUCUCUCCCUUCGUCAACUACCAGUUCAGAGUCAUCGCUAUCAACUCUGUGGGCAAGAGCCGGCCCAGCCGCCCUUCGCAAAGAUACCAGACCAGCGGAGCCUCUCCUGAUGCUAUCCCUAGUGGCCUGAAAGGCUGGGGUACCAAGAACACAAACAUGGAGAUCAGCUGGGAGCCCUUGUUGGACACAGAGCAAAACGGCCCUAACCUGCACUACUCGGUGUGGUGGAGGCGGAAGGAUACGGGGGAGGAGUGGAACAAUGUGACUACGGUGGGGGCGAAGCACAUUGUCCACGACACAGAGACCUACGUUCCCUAUGAGAUCAAACUGCAGGCCAGGAAUGACUUUGGACCCGGACCUGAGUCCAACAUCAUCAUAGGGUAUUCUGGGGAGGACAAGCCUACAGCCCCUCCUACAGACCUGCAUGUGUCAAAGAUUGACAGCACCAAUGUCAACGUCCACUGGACUCCGGUAGACCCCAACACUGUCCUGGGAGAGUUCAAGGAGUACAGGCUGUACUACUGGCGUGAGGGCAGCAUGGUGAAGGGUCUGCAUGUGAAUAAAGAGAAGAAGACUAAAGGGUUCUACAGUACCGUGGCCCAGCCUACUGGCAUAUUGACAGACCUACAGCCAUACAGCCACUACCGCAUGUUUAUGGUGGUCGCCAACAGUCGUUACGAUGGGCCGCCUAGCAACCAUGCGGAGUUCCAUACCAAGGAAGGAGUGCCAGACCUUCCUCAGUUCUUUAAGAUCGUCCAGAGGAGUCCAGACUCUAUCCACCUGGAGUGGGACAAACCCCUGGAGCCUAACGGUAUUCUGAUUGGAUACACACUCAACUAUCAAGCAGUGAACGGGUCACGUGUGGGCCACAUGCAGAUGGAGAGUUUCCUCCCUAACGUGACAGCCUACAGACUCCGCUUGCCAGACCAAGCUAUCCGCUACAGGUUCUAUCUGGCGGCCCUCACAGAGGUGGGAGCAGGGAAGGUCUACACUGAGGAGUCUCCACAUUUCACCAAUGAAGUAGGCAUGGCUCCUGGGAGGGUGAUCUGGAACCUGACGGUGAAGCCUAACAGUAACUACGCUAACGUCAGCUGGAACCACAACUUCCCGACCGGCAGCAGCGAGUUCCAGCUAGAGUUCACACUGGACAGCAAUGGCAGUGUGUCAAGCGUACCAGUGAACCAGCCGCCCAUUAAGCUGGCGGGGCUGAUCGAAGGGGCCAAGUACCGCCUGAGGGUGUACUCCAAUGAAUACCACAGCAUCUCCAGCAAUGUUGUCACCUUUGAGACCAGUGCAGCCUACAUUAAAGACCAGGUGGACAUUGCUACCCAGGGCUGGUUUAUCGGCCUGAUGUGUGCCAUCGCUCUCAUCAUCCUCAUCCUCCUCAUCGUCUGCUUCAUCAAGAGGAGUCGCGGAGGCAAAUAUCCAGUGCGAGAUAAAAAAGAUCUCCCUCUGGAGGGAGUGGAUCAGAAGGGAGAGGAUGGAUCAUUUGACUACCAUUGUUCCCUCAAAAGCAGCGACGAGGACAACAAGCCUCUGCAGGGCAGCCAGAACUCUCUGGAUGGCGGUGUGAAGGAGAGUGACGACAGCCUGGUGGACUAUGGUGAGGGAGGGGAUGGCCAGUUCAACGAGGACGGCUCCUUCAUCGGCCAGUACACUGUCAAAAAGGACAAGGACGAGACGGAAGGCAACGAGAGUUCCGAGGCCACCUCACCCGUCAACGCCAUCUACUCGCUGGCAUAGUCCCCCUGCCCGGCCUGGCCUGGGGAUCUGAGGAACUCCCCCUGGCGGUCGGAGGGUGAUAUUACCACCACUAAUACUACCACCACACACACACACAUACGCAAACACACACACAUAUGAAUAUAAGUGUAUUAAUAUAUUAAACACAUAUACACAUGUAAACACACACAGCACCUGCCUGGAGACUGUUUGACCUCUUAGAGCGGAGGGAGAAACCAUUCCUCUGAGAAUUAAGGCGGUGUGAAUGGAAUGAAGUUGAAGUUACUGUGAGCCAAGCCCUGACGUUUGGCUAUUGACGUUCUAUAUCGAAAUGGCUUGCCAAGGCGAAGUUUGGGAAUCUUCAACAGUACCAGUUUCUCUAUGCUCCUCCUUCUGCCCCUCACACAGAGUGAGUGUGCCUAACGAGCAAGCCUCAGUUGUAGAGGACUAGGAGGAAAUGCCGAGGUUUUCAACCAUUUUGUGUGGCUCUAGAGCUUUCUUUGUUUUCAACGUACUCAGCUGUCCCCCCAAACCCCUCUCUUUCUCCCCACACACAUCCUCACGCCCCCCUGUGUCUUUACCGAGCGUCCCUAGGGAAGGAGACACAGACACUCGUCCUGUGAGCAUAUCAGCUACGGACCACCAACAUAGCAGGAUGUUGGCAGAUAUGUUUAUCACAUUGAUAUUUCCACAGAGAGAGAUGGUUUUUUGUUCUCAAUUGAUACAGCAGAUGAGUCAUUUGAAUAUAUGAAUGCUGUAAACAGUGCUAGCUCACCUUCUAGUUCGCUGCAAAACUAUGCAUUACCACCACCUCAUGUUUUUGUGUAAAGUCUGGUUAUUAAUUCAAUUGUUUAUUUUUCAGUGUCGACUUACAGGUUUAAAGAAGAAUAACCUGCUUAAUGAAAUUCUAUCGUUCCCUUGCCUUCCCGCUGUGGUAAAUGUACCUAUGAUUCACCUCUAAACUCAAGUCGUGUGGAGAUAUUAAAAACGGCCACAGUUAUAGCAAUGCUAUUCCUGCCUCAAGCUUUUUUUAUAGUACAAGCCACUACUAUGUCAGUUAUAAAUUACAUUAAAAAAUAUAUUUUAUUUUCAAGCAUGGUAGUACUUUAGUGCAAGAGACCUAGACCAAGUAGCUUGGAGAGGAGGUUUUACCUGCUUUGCUGUUUGUACAUCUCUAUGGCGACUGGCACUCCGAGGAUGUGACUCACUUCCUGUUUACUUCAUGGUUAGCAUGGCUGUGAUCCUUAGGCUUGAUCGGCACCCCUUUUGUAUGCUUCUUUUAUAACAGUUGUUAGAGGCAGGCUGAAUCUGCAAAGGCAGGACUUCUCAACCCUUCAGAACUUAUUUAGAAUCCUAAUUGACUGUUGAACAACUCAAAAUAAAACCAAAACAUAUUUUAUGUCUUUGAAUAUAGGUUACAGACAACUCUGUGAAGGUAUUGAACAUUGAACAUCCCUGCAAAUUCUGCCUGGCCCUAGUCAUCAUUGACAUGUAGCCAUUAUGUCAAGGAAGUGUGAAGAAGUUGGGGUGCACCAAUACAGUAGUGGACCGUUAUUUUACCAAAGAUACUGAUACAGUGGUGGGCUGCCAUUUUACCACCGAUACUGAUACAGUGGUGAACCGCCAUUUUACCAUUUGAUCUUUUCAUUAGUAGAACUCACUAAUGAGUCUUCCUUGAUGUUUCACCUCUUAAAGUGGCAGAAAGCCACAGAAAGUUCACCCAUAUUUUCAACUUUUUACAACGGCACUACUAUAGUCUUUCAUGUUAAAUCAAAUAGAUCUUAUGGCAAUUAGCUAACGGACGUCACAUUGUAUUUCAGGUGUGUAUUUCAUAUUUUAAUUGAUUACAUUAUGUUUAUAGUAUUCAUUAAUAUAUUAGUAAUUCACUUAUUAAUUGUUGAAUACACAUUUUUGACCAACUGACUUGAUGGUCUCACAUCAGAACCAACUCAGAACCCACGAUAAAGAACUUUACUGAAUUUGAUAUUGUAAAAAAAUUGCCGUAUGACAUGUUUUGUGGCGAAGGGUAUUUCUGCUGUAAACUAGCAACAUUCACUGUAUGUCACCAUUAAAGAGGUUGUGUUGAUCUAGUCAUUGUGCUGCUCUUCAUGUUGACUAUUCAUGUUAUAUUACUGUUAGUAUUCCAUGUUGGUAUUAUCAUUUAUUUAAUAUACAUUUCACAUAAUACAGGAAUGUAACAUUGCAUUUGUCAUAGUGUAGCUAUAGGUACACGUACUGUAGGUCCUGAAAAAAAUAUGUCUUUGUAAAUAUCCAUGAGGAAAACAAAGAAUCACACAUCUGUAUCCACCAAGCAAAUGUACCUGGUGCAUCUCAUGAUUGGGACUCAAAAUGACUUCAUCAAUGUUGUCCCGAAGAACUUGCUUUGAAAUGUUAAUAGAUGGCUUGUGCCGUCUCUCUGUCGGUAACUUUUCUGAUCAUCACUAAUUCAAAAGAAACAGUUGAGAAUAAACAGUAUAUUGUGGAACAGGUAUACAGUAGGCCUAGUCAGCCCCUUUAUGGUGUAAAUUAAAGUGCUCAUGAAAUGUAUCAUUGUAGCAUUCUCUGCACACAUGUUCAAAGCAUAUUAAAAAAAGGCAUUUGCAGAGUUACCAAAUAGCCAAUUUCCCCCUAUUUUGUUUGUUUUUGUAUUAAGGCAAACCCGGACUUUCUCAAGGCUGCACAGACUCAUCAUGCCUUUCACCAACAUGCCUGCUGCUCCACCCCUCCUGGUGACAGCCCAGUAACUGGUGGCCGUUUUGAAAGCGAUACAUUUGGUCCAGUGCUUCACUCCUUCAAAGAGAUGUCUUUUGUCCUGCCUUCAUCCUCACCUAAGUCUUAAAAGAAAGAAUAUACUGUAUGUCCACCAACAGCCUCUGUGAACUGGUCUUCUUUAAACCUCCUUCUUUCUCCAGCUUCUCAAAGCAAUAUCCGCAUAGAAUUUUGACCCAUUUGUUUUUCAUGUUGUUGCUUUGUGAUCAAGUUCACCAUGACCUCUGGGUACAGUUGCCUACCAUCUACAGACACCUGAUCACUGUAUAAACAUGAGGAAACAGGAGACCAGGAGUGCUGGCAGAGACACAACACAGUGCCCUUCCUGUUGCUAUAUGCUGUUCUAAACAAAGCAAGACUAAGCGCACAGAGAGACAGUCCACUCUCAAACCUUCAACAAACCUUAAAGACUGCUGAAUCACGGAAUGUUCGAUGACGGAUUUAGAGCUUCUAGUUCAGAACUUUAGCCUUGAUCUCACCGUUGUUUGUGUUCGGGUCACGAUACUGUACAAGCUCUUUUCCUUGACAGCAUUUGUCCUUUCCCUGUGUGGAUUCUAAAGGGGGAAUUAGUAAACUGGCUAGAAAACACUAAAAAGAGAAUGAUGCAUAUUUGCUGAUACACAGUGCUUUCUUAUGUCUUAUUGUUUGUUUGUGCACGAUGUUUGGAGGUGCAUACAGAUGUAGGAUCUUAAUUUGAUCACCCUGCUGCAGGAGAACUUUACUGCAAUGCAGGACAUUUUAAACUUGGAGUGUAUUUGAUGUUUAAAAAGGCUUCUGAAGAAAUGUUAACAUUUCAGACUUGAUUUUCUCAUUAUGAAUACUGUACCAACCCCUACACAAAUGUCCAUUAAUUAUAAUCCACAUAAUAAUUCAAAUUUCCUGUUGCUGCAGGAAUAUUUUUCUGUUAUAGCAAUCUGGCUCAAAUUAAGUUCCUACAUCUGUAUGCGGUAGUGUGUCUUCUCAUUCUGUUUGUAAUGUUUACAUCGUCUAGACACCGCUCCUCCCCUACAAUAGCAAAUCAACUAACAAGGGGUUACAGAAAUGUAAGAGUGUCUUUGUAUUUUCACAGCUUUGAGUUCAGUUUAUUUGUGAUUCUGCAAAACUGGGAUUUUAUCCGUACAAUGAGACACACAUAACAAUUAUAAAAUUGGAGCUUGGAUUAUUAUAAUUGUUCAUAUUUUUGUUAUGUGUAAUUAUUUUAGUAAAUUUGAAUUUCUCUGUUUACUUUUACAAGUGUAUCAAAGCAGCUUCCCAGUCUUGCUUCUACUCGCGAAAUAACAUAUUUUGUAAGGUACAUCUAAUCAACAGUAAAAUGGCAUAUUAAUAUAUUCACCAUGUAUGCGUGUAUGAUGAGAUGUUGCAACUUCUGCUAGAGACGCCUUCUUUAUAGUAAAGCUAUCUCUUUCUCUAA